AUGGUAAGUAUCUUCAAAAGCAGAAAUGGAGACCCUUUGACUCUCCGGAGAAAAGCAAAUGGCCACAAACUCCUCUUGAUCUCCUUCGAUGGAUUCCGAUGGGAUUACGACCAAGAUGUAGAAACACCAAACAUGGACAACUUAGUCAAGGAAGGAGUGAAAGCAAAAUAUAUAACUCCUCCCUUUGUGACCAUGACUUCACCUUCCCAUUUCACAACCAUUACAGGCCGCUGGAUUGAAGACCACGGGGUCAUCCACAAUAUGAUGUUCAACACAGAGACUCUGAGAAAGUAUGGCCACAAAGAAACACAGAACAAAACGGAGUGGUGGGACAAUGGAGUUCUACCACUGUGGAUCACAGCUCAAAACCAGGGAAAAAAAACAGCCUCAUUUCACUAUCCAGGAGGAGGUGCAAACUACAGCGGCCAAGUGGUCGACAGAAGCUUGGUAGAGUCCUUCACUCAUCCGGACAGCAAUGAGACAGAGUGGAGAGAGAACAUUGAUAUCGUCAUGGACUGGUUCACCAAAGAAGGCUUUGAUUUCGUCACCCUCUAUUAUGGGGAGCCCGAUAACACAGGGCACAAGUAUGGCCCAGAGACUGAAGAAAGGAGAAAAAUUAUCCAACAAGUUGACCGAACCUUUGGCUACCUGGUAGAAGCAAUUGAAAAACAAGGCUUGAAAGAUACCCUCAACGUCAUCAUUACAUCUGACCAUGGCAUGACCACAAUCAAAAAGAAACCGGCCGUCGAAGAGGUCUUAUUGGUCAACUACAUUACAUUUAGCAAUUUGUCAAAGUUUGACAUUGUGGACUAUGGUGGCUUUGGCAUGAUCCUCCCCAAACCGGGAAAAGAAGAAGAAACCUAUCAAGCCUUGAAAAAUGCCCAUCCUCAUCUAAAGGUGUACAAAAAGCAAGACUUCCCUGAACGUUUCCAUUACGCCAAACAUGACCGCGUCUUGCCACUUCUGCUUUAUGGCGAUUCUGGUUACAGCGUCAAUGGGAGGUUUAUCAUCUAUGUUAACAAAGGUGACCAUGGAUUCGACAAUGAAGGCAUGGACAUGAAGACCAUCUUUAGAGCUUUUGGUCCAGAUUUCAAGAAAGGGUAUUUAGCGGAACCCUUCGACAGCAUCCACAUUUACCCAUUGAUGUGUGAGCUUCUGGGCAUCGAGCCAGAGCCCAACAAUGGUUCUCUGGCACUUACUCGAGGCAUGCUCAUUCCCGCAAAGGACCUCCUCGUCCCCGUCAUUGUAGUUAGUACAAUGGGUGCCCUGCUUGUUCUGAUACCCAUUGUAGCUUUGACAUACGGGAUCAUUAAGCGAAAGAAGAGGUAA